CACGCGCAUCCAGGGUUCUGAUAUUCCUUAUGUAAUUUGGGCUCUGCCCCUUUGCUGGGUCUCUCUGCAAUCUUUGACUGGGAACCUUUCUGCAAGUUUUCCGGUUUAUACUUCCCCGAUGGCUAGGCCGGCAAACAAGAUUACUCAUGCCAAGCUGGUGCUUCUCGGGGACAUGGGAACUGGGAAAACAAGUAUGGUCCUGAGAAUGGCGAAAGGCCAGUUUUAUGAUAACCAGGAACCCACAGUCGGGGCAGCCUUCUUCACCCAAAUAUUAUCAUUAGCUGAAGCAACUGUGAAGCUCUGUAUAUGGGACACAGAGGGACAAGAACGAUAUCACAGCUUGGCUCCAAUGUAUUACUGUGGAGCGGCCGCGGCAGUAGUUGUGUACAUCUCAAGCAUGGAAAAGUUCCUUCGUGCCAAAAAAUGGGUUCAAGAACUUCAAAGACAAGGCGAGGCCAGCAUACUGACAGCAGUUUCGGCCCUUUAUUCUCGGGUUUUGGUUACAAAUGCAUUUGCUAUGGAUGAGUGUUUUUUUUUUUUUUGAAAAAUAGUUCGUCUAACUGAAAAAAAAUAAUAAUUACAAUUCAUCAACAAUUCUCUCUCGAUGAAGAAAAUUUAUAUGGGACGAUAGUUUUAAUAGUUAAAAAAAUGACCCAAACCAAAAUAAAUUACGCUAAGCAAUCGUAGAGAGUUCAAAUACAUUACUUAACUAUCUUGGAUAUAAUAUAUAUAUACAUAUAUUUAUAUUUAUAUUAUUAUAUAAAGAAGCUAAAAGGUCCUUAAUACAGUAUUAUCAGAACCGAACCGGAUGAUGAACUGGAAGGGGUAUGGGUUUAUGGGUUUAUGGGUCCACCUAGGGAUUUGAAGGGUCGGAUCGCAAGUUUAAUUAAAAUAAAAUAAAUAUUCAUAUUAUUAAAAAAAAUUAUGAUAAUUAAGAUAGAAGUGUGAUGAUUUCAAAGAAAUAUAAAAAUAGUGCAAGAAAAUAUCUAUAUUUAAUAUUUAUUACUCCAAAAUAAAUAUUAGAUUUUAAUAAGUACUUCAAAGUAGAGUUUAAAGAACAAGAAAGUAGUGGUGGCUUGGUUGGUAGUAUGCUAAUAUGGGAAGUAAGAGGUCAUGAGUACAAAUUCUUAUACAAUUAAGUAUUUUUCAUUAAAUAAAAAACUCAUAAAACCCAUAAAACCGGCCGGUUCAACAGAAUUUUGCUCAAAACUGGCCGGUUUAAUGGGUUCGACGGUUCAAAUAUGCAAUUUAGGUUUUCAGGUGAACCGGACCGGACAUGGGGGCGGUCUCGGUUCGACCGGUCGGCUGGUUCGGUUUUGAUAACAAUGCUUUAAUAGCUCUUUUCACGAUAUAAUGUUCAACUGUCACUUCCUAUAAAGAAACGAUUGGGAUCUAGAAAGUCGAGGAGUGAAUGCUGCCGAGCACUCGCGCCUCCGAUUUCGAGGGAGGGGGCGCUGUGAUUAAAAGAGAGGGGUCCUUGUUAGCAAUUGUCGCCAUUGUUUGGGGUCUUCGACGGUCAGUGGAUGCUUGGUCGGCCCAUCACCCUAUUUGGGCGGUGGUGCUAUCAGAUGUUAUCAAUAAUUUACGUUAUCAGAAAUGUAGAAAAUAUAUUUUAAUAAAAGCUAAAAAGUACGAAAGGCGUAAUUUAAAUACUUUUUCAUUUAA